AUGUCCUCACUCUCCCACUUUCUCACCUCUCAAUUCCUCCCUCUCUCCGCCUCGGAGGUCCAAGCCCACUACUCCUCCUUUUCCUCCUCGCGCCAUUCCAAUCCCGCCGCGUUCGACGCACACGUGGCGUGGUGGGCGCGCCUCGUCUGCCGCGCCGCACGCGCGGGCGUGCUCAACGGCAACGGCGGGCGACGACUGGUGUGGAACGUGCAGGAGGCGGAGGAGAUGAGGUGGGAGGAAGAAAGUGUUGGUCGUCCAAUGGGAUUGGCAGAGGUGUUGCAAUCCCUUCUCGCCUCUCACACACUGCUCCCUCUCCCGCUCUAUCUCUCACGUCCUCUGCCUUCCUCUUCGCCCUCUUCUUCUUCCCCCUCUUCAAGCUCAAGUUCAAGUUCCGCAUUGGCGAAGCUUUCCGCGCUGCCCGGCGCGCUCGCAAAGGGCUUUCUCUCGCUCGCAUUCGGCCUCGAGUUGGCCUCUGGCGAUGCGGCUUCGGCAUCAAGGCAAAGGGUGAACAAGGGAGAGUUUCUGCUCGUCUCUGAGCUUCGCGCAUACGCCUCGCACGUCCUCGCGGCGCAUCACGCACGCUGCACCUCUGCGCUCUCGACGCUGUACACGCGCUCGAGCUUCCAGGCUCUGCUUGCCGGCCUGCCCGGUGCGAAUGCGCCUGCCGGUGCCGGCGGCGGCGAAGGCGAAGGCGGAGGUGUGCAGCUCGACGAGGCCGAUCUGCAGCUCUUGCUGCUGCAUCUCGAGCGCGAUCUGGGCGUCGCAAGGGUCUCUAAGGACGUGAUCAAACUGCCACUGUCGCCCCACGCCAGCGUGCCGCGCAUCGAGGCAAACGAGGCAGAUGUGCUGUCGCUGCAGGAGACGCAUCGCAGGCUCGUCGCCCAAGUCGCAGAUCUCGAGGCUCGUAUCGCCGCCAAGAAGCAAGCGGCGCUGGAGCAUUCGCGCGCCGCGCGCAAGGCGCAGGCGCUGGCGGCGCUACGCGGCAAGAAGGAGCUCGAGAGCGUGCUGCAGCGGCGCCUGGGCGCCGAGGCGACGCUCGGCGGCGUCUUGUUGAAGAUUGAACAGGCGGCUGGCGAUGUUGAGAUCAUGCGAGCCUACGCCCUCUCCUCCUCCACCUUACGGUCGCUGCUCGCCGCGCCCGAGCUGCAGCAUGCGCACAUUGAGCGCACGAGCGCGGCGCUCUCGGACGUGCUGGCGGACCAGAAGGAGAUCGACGAGGCGGUUCACUCGCUCGACCCCACCGCGCAGGAGAUGGCGCAACUGGACGACGACGAGGAGAUUGCCGCGGAGCUCAGGGCGCUGCAGGAGGAGGUGGAGAGCGAAACGAAGAUGAAGGCAGAACCACAGCUGCAGCAGCAGCAGCAGCAGGGGCCACAGCAACAGGCCACGACGACGCCAACAACGCCGCAGAACCGGCCUCAACAUCAGGCGGCACCGCUCGCCGCCGCCGCCGCCGGAGGCGCCGUCGCCGCCGCCUCGAGCGCACGCGCCGCUCCUGUUGCCGCGCCCUCUGCCGCGCAGCAGCAGCAGCAGCAGCAGCAGCAGCAGCAGCAAGCGCUUGGCUCGUCGAACGCAGCCGCAGCCGCAGCCGCAGACGCAGAGGCAGAGGCAGAGGCAGAGGCAGACAUGCGAGCCUUUGCCGCGCGCCUCCAGGGCCUCUCCCUCGCGGGCGCCGUGGCGCCGCGCGCAGAGCUCUCCGACCAGUCGCAGGCGCCGCGGAGCGCAAAGACGGAGAAGGAGAGGGAGGCGGCGCAGUGA